UCGAAUUGUGACUUCCGUUUUGCGAAAGGGUUUUCAUAUUUAGUGUGUAGUGUAUAUGAAAUUUGUUCUAUUUUUAUUUUAUCAUUUUUAUUUUUGUGCGCAACUGUGUAAUCGUAAAGUAGGCGACGAGCAGCAUACAUGUUUGACGCCAGUUCGGCAGCGUUUCGUGUUCCAUUUUCAAUCUCUGUAUUCGGCUGUAACGAAUUAGCGAGAGCAAGAGCAAGCGCAAUAGUAGUAAUGUAGUGGUUUCCUCUCAUAUUUAAUCAUUGCCUUGCACGUGCUCAUGUUUUUUCCGGUACACUUUUGAUUUUUGUUGUAUUUGUCGACUUUUGAAGUUUUUGUUAGUGCUACAUACUAGCGUGCAUAGGUAUGUACAUACAUAUGUAUGUAUGUAUAUAUAAAUAAGUAUAUAUUUCUUUGCUGAAAUGUGGAGCAGUGCGAAUGCCACAGACAGUUAAUUUGAAAAAUUGGAUUAAAUCGUUAAAGUCAGAUUUGUGGUUGUGGGUCGUGUUUCUCACGCUGGGCGAGUGUUAUUUACCACUCUUGUUUCGGCUUUUGGUCACCAAUUAUUAAAGGCGGAGAGAUAUUAUUGUGGGUGUUUGUUUCUAGGCACUAGCCUGACUAUGUACAUAUGUACAUAUGUAUGUGUUAUAUAUUAUAUAUGUAUUUUCAGCACAAAAUGUUCAAAAUAGACUUCGAUAUACUUCAAUAUUUAUGUAUAUACAAAUGUACCUACAUAAAUGUUUAGAGAAAGUGCAUUUUUAAUAAAUUAUAAAUAUUAUAAGUAAAAUCGAUUACAUUUGCUUGAAACUUGACGUAAAUUUCAAAGAUUUAUCUGCAUAUUUUCCCUAAACUUAUUUGUACGCACAACCUAAUUUUUUAUAAAUUAUUGUAAAUUAUUUUAUAUAUUAUUUAACAAAAUAAAUAAAUAAAAUAUUUAAAAAAAAAGUUGCCAAACUGCCACCCUAAAAUUCUGGCGCACUAGGCAAUUGCCUAACAUGCCUAUGUGGGCAGGCCAGAUCUGGUAUGUACACAGGUCUACAAAUAAUGCAUUAAAAGACAAAGACAAUUGAAUUAACAUUUAAGUCCAAUUUUUUAUUUUGUAAUACCGAAAUUCUUAAUUACAAGUAAUUUUCAAUUUUUUAAAAUAAAAAUUUUAAUCCUAAAUAUUUGGAUUAAAAAAUAAAAUAUAUUUUAAUCCCAAAUUAAUAAUUGCAUACAAGAACUUGAUUUGAUGUUGAUCGGUCAGUUUCUAUGCCAGCUAUAUGCUAUAAAGGUCCGAUAAUGGCCGUUCCGACAAAUGAGCAACUUCUUGGGGAGAAAAUUGCAUGUGGGGAGAAAUGUGCAAAAUUUCAGAUUGAUAUCUCAAAAACCUGAGAGACGAGUUCGCGUAAUAUACACAGACGGACAUAGCUAAAUCGACAAGGACUAUCACGAGAUGUGUAUUUUAUAGGGUCUCUGACUUCAAGUCUAACAAACUUCCUGGUACAUAAGAUAUACCCUGUUCAGAAUAUAAAAAUUUUAAUUUCCUGUUCAGAAUAUAAAAAUUUUCCAUUAAAUUUUCAAUGGCUAAUCCAAAAAUUAUUAACUAAAAAUUAAAUUUUUAAUUUACAAACCAAAAAUAAAACAAAAUAAAAGUAAUUGAAAAGGUAAUAAAUAAGCUUAAUCAACCGAUAGGGGCUAUUUGUGGGAUUAAAAAAUAUUAAAUAAUUUAAUAAUUUUAGUUUGACAAUCGCAACCCUCUAUGCACAUACCUUCACUCAUACAUACAUUUUAAAAGUUUAUACCUUCAUUAUUCAACAUUAAAUAUAAUUAAUUUAUAUAUAAUAAUAUUUAAUUUUUGUCUGUUAAACACGAAUAUCGGCAACUUUAGAAAUCGAUAGUCCACUCACUGAUAUAUUUACUUCCUAAUAUUUAAUAUCAUCCAGCGCAAUCUUUUAACGAAAAAAAAUGUAAAUAGAAAAAUGGAAACGUGAAACGUUCCAUAAAAUGAGAAUAAAGCGAUAAAAACAAAACCUAAACACUGAACUGUUAAAAGAAAGAAACAUCAAACAUAACAGACAAUAUAAAAACAACAGAGCGCUCACUCACCAACUGUUCGCGCAAAACUCAAGUGCCUUCAUAUAUACAUACACACAUGUAUGUAAUUGCUUUUUAAUGCUAUAAAUAAAUGCAAAUGUUUGGUUGCCCUAUUGGAAUUUGAACAAGAGAGAGAGAACGUACAGACAUUUCGCUCUCACUCUCUCCAUGCAAAUUGAUACAUUUGUUAUCUGUGUGUGUGAGGAAUGAAAAUGAAAAUUUGCGUGACGUGACGUCUCUCGACCUUGACUCAUCGGCAUGAACUGUUAAACUGUUGUGUUACAAUUCGAAGCCAAUGUGAUCUGAUACCAAACUUGACGUACAAUCGUGUUGCCACACAGUUGGGGGAUUUUACAACAUUGAAUACUUGAUUAAGAUUCAUAAGCGUAAAUACUUAUGAAAAUACGGUGAUGUGCGAAUAAAGUUUGCUGUUUGCUGAUACUUUCUAUCUGGUAACAUUUUGUCACAAUGUGAGUUUAUUCGUUAUCACUAACGUUGUACACCGAUGUGGCAGCCGUUUGCCAUUUUCUCAAUUGACUUACACAUACUUUUCCUAUGUAUUCGCACAUAAUCGAGCGUGGUGUUCGGGUGCUGCUGUGCACUCUUUUGCUAGCGACCAUGCUGCUGCUCUGUGUCUAUUCAGUUUCUUUUAUUUAAGCUGCGGUGUUGCCGUUCCGUUUGGGAUUAUAGCGAAAUGAAAUUGACAGAUGGUCGCUACAUCUGGCAUGGUGUAGUGGAGAAAUAUAUGUACAUAUGUAUGUAUGACGGUGUAUGUGCUAUAAACUGAUGACAGCAUAAUUGUUAUCAACAGCAUUUUUUCUGGUCGAAUGUGGUGGCAUUGUUUUUACUCAUCGACUCAUCGGGUUGGGCCGAUUCGUUUUCGCUAUAAGUGGUUGGCAAUGCAGUUCAAAUGCUGGGUACUUGUGCUUUAUUUUUGCAACACUAUUUUCUGUUUUGCAUUUAUGCAAGUAAAGUAAAAGUGAGCUAAUCGGAAGUUUAGCCAAAAAUAUAUAUGUACAUAUGUAUGUAAGCAUAUGAAAUAAGAAAAAUAAUUAUUUUCUUAAGAAUUAUAAUUAUACGUUUGCUAUUCAAAAAUUAUGUUUUAAUAAUUUAAAAUUGUAUUUAUUCUAAAAAAAUUUAUUAUUAAAAAAACAUCGAAUUUCUAUCAAUCUAUUUGUAUGUAUAUCAAACUGAAUAAUAGGUAUGUAUGUAUAUACUUCUGUAAAAAAUUUAAAAUUCACUUAUGUACAACAAGAUAUCUAAAUAUGUAUCUGCACAUCCACCUCAUUUCACACGAACAUCAACCAUCUGUCAUUUGCUGAUUAAACUAGAGUUGCUCACUUAAUAUUUCUCAAACUCAUUAAAAUUUUGCCUGCUUACAAUUAAAUCCCAAGUUUCUGCUGUCCGAAGUGUUUGCAAAAUUGAGAUGAAUUGUUUUUGCAAUUUUUUGCAAACAUAGCUAAUAGCGGAACUCGAGAGCAGGAGCGAGCCAAAGAGAGAGACCUCAAACACCGUGCAUUUGAUUUAUUUGUUCAGUUUUAUUUCGAAUUCUCUGUGGGCAUAACAGUUUUAUAGACAUACAUACGUAAAUAAAGGUAGAUGAGGCAUGGAUGUAUGUAUGUAUGUAUUUGUGUUGAACCUUUUUUUUUAUGACAACCCAGCCGCACUGUGAACUAUUCCUGCUGUGCGGUAUUCAUUUUGGCAGUAUAAUUAUCGUGUUGUCAUAUUUCUUCGUUCCCAAAUUAAAAUUUGUUGGUUCCUAUGAGCGGAUUGCAAUAUGCGCACAAAGCAUGAGUAAAAUUGUGUGCUUGUGUAAAUGCGUGCCGUUAUAGAUUUAUCUCGUUCUAGCGUGAGCGUCGGAGAAGUAAAAGAGCGCCGUAGUAAUUUUUUUCAAGUAGAUAAAGUGUUCACUUCUCUGCCUUUGGGGUAAAAUAUCUCCCUUCUGGCGACUUUUAUGUCACACAUUGUAAGUGCGAUUCCGUUGUUUACAAUUAAAUACUGAAUUAUUUCACUUCCGAGUGUCAAUAGUAACUUGCAAGUAGAUACAUUUGAUUGUCUAGUGUUCAGCGCAGAGUCGCGGGAAUUGAAAGGGGCAUAAUGCCGAACGUGUAAAGGCAACACCUUUUCAGUCGCAUAUUUUCUCAUAUACAUACACAGUGACAAAUUCGUGAGCGCACAGCUCUCGGUAUGCAUGAAAUUUUUCUUCCUUACUUUUACACACUAUCAUCAUUGGAUCGGUCAGUUGUGUGCGGAGUGAAUGAAAAACGUCGUUGAGUGUAAAUUAAAGUAAUUUGCAAUAAAAGUGACAAUAUGAAAUAAACUAAUUGAAAAUUUAAUGAAACAAAUUUUAACGUAUAUUUUACAAGUGAAAUUUCGUGUGUACAUAUAUAAGUACUUAGAAAACAUGUUAAUUACAAAAAGAAAUUCGAAUUUUGAGAAUAAAUAAGAUUUUGUAAAGAGGUGUGUGAAAUGUGGAGAAAAUAUUUAUUUCAGUUUUUUCGACAAUGGCUGCCGACGACGAUGAAACUUAGCAGCGUUGAUGACAGAAAUAGCAACAAAAAGCAAUAGUGAACAAGACGACGUCGACGACGAAGACUUGGCAGCAACAACGAUGACGAAGUGAAAAACGAGAAAUAAUCGAGUGACUGACAGCCGACUCGUUGCAUUUGGAAGCGACUCGCGACAGAACUCGUUAAGACAAAGAGACGAAACGAGACGUGAAGAAAAACGAAUCAGUGGCAAAGAAUUUUUUUUCGCUCAAAGUCAGAAAAAGAAGUUUUUGUGGUCUGCAAAUUAUUCGGUGCUAUUCAUUUGAUUUGAAAUAAUCUAAAUAAUUUUAAAUAAAUAAGUGUUAUACAAAAUAUUAGAAAAAUGCGAUCAAACAUUUUGCUGCGGUUAAUACAAAAUAAAUCAGUGUGAUUAUUUUUGAAUUUGUUUUUAUUUUCACGAGGAUUUGCCAAAAGCAGUUCUCAAGCGUGGUGAAAAUCAUAAAAAUCACAAAUUCGUGAAAGAAAAUUUAAAACGUAACGCAAAGAGAACAACGAAAAUGCGGCAUUUAAAAAAGGUUUCGUCUUGGCAUAUUAACACGCGCCUUAAGUUAAAACAUUUAUUUAUUUGAAAAGCAAAAACUGAAAACAAAUAACUACAUAGAUGUAUGAAAACCAAUUUUAACUGUGACAGUUAAUGUUAAAGAUGCAAUUAUAUAUACCGGGAUUCUAUGAUGGUGUCAACAAUAAUGGGUAUGACUUCAGCAUUGUAUGCAAAUUAUGUCCGCCGGCGCUCAAUUGCAGAUGGCACCACAGACAACUUCGUCGAUAAGCCAUCAUCAUCAGACACAACAGCAGCACCAUUUUACCGCAGCCCAUCAUAAUCCGCCACAGCAGCAGCAACAACAAAUUUUAACUCAACAGCAACAAAUUACGCCAACACAGCAGCAAUUACAACAGUUACAACAGCAACAUAUAACGCAAUCGCAACAACAAGCGCAACCGUUGCAUUCGUUGCCUAAUCAUCAUCAUCUUCAUCAGCAACAGUCACAAAUUCCCCAACAACAUCCACCACACAAUCAACAGUUGCCUCAUCAGCAACAGUUGUUGCCUCAGACACAUAGUACACUUGCGCCUCCGCUGCAGCAGCAGCCAGCUGCGCUGCAACAUACGCAUAGCGGCGGUCAUAGUAGUAAUCCGGAUUCUAAUAUGAGCACAGGUUCAUCACAUAGCGAAAAAGAUGUUGCCGAUAUGUUAGGUUCUGCAGGCAUUCCCAAUCAAAUAGGUAUAUUGUCCAAUAACGGAGCCCCAGGGGCUAUGAUGAAUAGCAGUGGUAUAGGCCAAGACGUAGCUGGUAUGAUGGGAGGUGGCGCAGGCGUUAGCAGCAAUCAACAGCAGCAGCAGCAACAAGUGCAGCACAAUAAUAUGGUUGGUCGUCUAGAAAAACCGUCACGUACACCAACAGAACGAAAACGUAAAAGGAAAUUUCCCCAUACUGAAGAUAGUGGUGGUGGCGGUGGCGCUGGUAGUGGAACUGGCAGUGGAGGAAAUGGAGGUAAUAAUGCUGGAAAUGCAACAAUUGUUGGCGCCCACAAGGCAUCAAAAUCUUCUAAUAUGAUCGGAACUGGACAGACACUAAGCAAAACAAAUUUAUCAUUGAAUAUAGGUACAUCGGCAGAUCGCUGCAACUUGGCUGGCGGAAAGAAUGCAAGACUAUUGCAACAUGGCAUGGAUAGCAAGAAAAUUAAUGAAUACUUCAAUAAGCACAGUGUACCGAGCAGUGGUGCCACAAAUAGUCCUAUGCGUCAACACACGGGCGGCUCGAAGAGUCCAUCGGCAGGUGUUGGUCAACAGCAACAAACACCGCAACAACAAGUACAGAACACUGGCAAUGCAGGCGGUGGCACUAGUACAGGCGCAUAUGCAAUGUAUCCUCCUAGUCCUCAACAGCUGAAUCCAGGCGGUGUACAAACACCUACAUCCCAAGCACCACCCGAAUUCCAUUACCAUAGUUCUGUGGCGGUGAAUAACGCUGCAAAACAACAGCGUGUGGCACAACCGCAAACUUCCAAUGCAAUGGUUCCUCCUCAGUCGGCAAUAGUCGGUGUGUUGGCCAACAACAUGGGAGGUUUAGCUGCUGGCGUUGUCGGUGGACCACCUCCUCCUCCUAUGGGUCCGGCGCCGCAACAACAUAUUCCCGCAACAUCGGUAGUCACGUCGGCGCAACAAACGCUAACAAGUGGCGUAACCUCGCAGCAGCUAGCCGCUGUGCAGCUAAAUUCACUGCAGCAUGCCGGCAUUAUGCCGGGCGCAAUGGGUGGCAUGCAACCGCCAUUGCAACCGGUACCGGCUAGCACCAUAACAAAGGGCACGCAAACAGAACUCUCCUUUUUGGAGAUAAAGGAGCGUGACUCGGAGAUCGAAUCGAGCAAGUCGAAGCUUGACGAGAUGACAAGACUGUCCGAUGAGCAAAAAUGCCAGAUAAUUGCUCAUCAGAAGCUGAUCGACCAGCACAAGUCGCAGAUAGCCAAGUGCAUUGACGUGGUAAAGAAAUUGCUUAAAGAGAAGAGCAGCAUCGAAAAGAAGGAAGCGCGACAAAAGUGCAUGCAAAAUCGACUGCGUCUUGGUCAAUUUGUGACGCAGCGCGUUGGUGCCACAUUCCAGGAAAAUUGGACAGAUGGCUAUGCUUUUCAUGAGCUCACCCGACGGCAGGAGGAGAUAUCAGCCGAGCGCGAAGAAAUCGACCGUCAAAAGAAACAGCUAAUGAAAAAGCGGCCUGCGGAAUCGGGACGAAAACGCAACGCCAAUAGCAACAAUAGCCAGCAACAGAAUUCGAAUUCAAAUGAUUCGACUAACAUUGCUGGCUGUGAUCGUUUGACGGGUGGUGGUGACAGUGGUAUCGGCUCGACGGCUGGAGGUGGUGGUGCUGGUGGCGGCAGUGGUGGUCGCGGUCUUUCACGUUCCAAUUCAACACAGGCCGGUCAAACGCAACUGCUGCACAAUGGCGGUGGCAGCGGUGUGGGCGGCAGCAGUGGUGUCGGCGAUCGCCUCUCCGAUAGAGGUGGCGGCGGCAGCAGUGGUACAGGCCGCGGCGACAACAGCGGUGGCGGCGAUGCAACGUUCCUUAAACCCGACCCCGUUUCAGGGGCAUACACAGCGCAAGAAUACUACGAGUACGAUGAGAUAUUGAAGCUGCGGCAAAAUGCGCUCAAGAAAGAAGAUGCCGAUUUACAGCUUGAAAUGGAGAAGUUAGAGCGUGAGCGUAAUCUGCAUAUACGCGAAUUGAAGCGGAUAUUGAAUGAAGAUCAGUCGCGCUUCAACAACCAUCCAGUGCUAAAUAAUCGGUAUUUGCUGCUUAUGCUGCUCGGCAAAGGCGGCUUCUCCGAAGUGCACAAAGCAUUUGAUUUGAAAGAGCAACGAUAUGUAGCGUGUAAAGUGCAUCAACUAAAUAAAGAUUGGAAGGAAGAUAAAAAGGCCAACUACAUCAAACACGCCUUGCGAGAAUACAAUAUACACAAGGCCUUGGACCAUCCACGUGUGGUCAAGCUGUACGAUGUAUUCGAGAUAGACGCCAAUUCGUUUUGCACAGUGCUCGAAUAUUGUGAUGGUCAUGAUUUAGAUUUCUAUCUAAAACAACAUAAAACUAUACCCGAGCGUGAGGCGCGUUCGAUUAUUAUGCAGGUUGUUUCGGCUUUGAAAUAUUUGAAUGAGAUUAAACCGCCAGUUAUACAUUAUGACCUGAAACCAGGCAACAUUCUAUUAACUGAGGGCAAUGUGUGUGGUGAGAUUAAGAUCACCGAUUUUGGUUUGUCUAAAGUGAUGGAUGAUGAAAAUUACAAUCCAGACCAUGGCAUGGAUUUGACAUCCCAAGGCGCGGGAACCUAUUGGUAUCUACCGCCCGAAUGUUUUGUUGUUGGUAAGAAUCCACCGAAAAUCUCAUCGAAAGUCGAUGUUUGGAGUGUUGGUGUCAUUUUCUACCAAUGUCUCUAUGGCAAAAAACCUUUCGGGCACAAUCAGUCGCAGGCCACCAUCCUUGAGGAGAACACAAUUCUCAAAGCCACAGAGGUACAAUUCUCUAAUAAACCAACUGUCUCCAAUGAAGCAAAGAGUUUCAUACGCGGUUGCUUAGCCUAUCGCAAAGAGGAUCGCAUGGAUGUGUUUGCAUUAGCGCGACAUGAGUACAUACAGCCGCCAAUUCCCAAGCAUGUGCGUGGUCAAUCGCAGUUAACGCAACAACAACAGCAGCAGCAACAACAGCAGCAACAGCAACAACAGCAGCAGCAACAGCAGUCGACCACAUCACAAGCGAAUUCCGCUGGGCAAACAUCCUUUUCGGCGGGUAUGUUCGGUAAUUUGAAUCAGUCGAGCUCAUCCUAGCUGCAGACCAAACGCAACUCAAAUUCCUAAUUGCUGAUGCUGAUCGCGAGUAAUAAUAAUAACAACAACAACAAUAAUAAUAAUCAUAAUAAUAAUAACAGCCACAACAACAACAACAAUAGCAGUAAUACCAACAACAACAGCAACAAUUAUUGCAGCAGCAAAAGCCGUAAAUAUCAUUUUAACUACAACAAUAGCAGCAACAAGAACAAUACCAACAACAAUUACAAUAAUAACCAAAAUCAUCACCAUCCCACUACAUACAACAAUAGUAAUUGCAAUCAAAGUAAUAACAGUAUAAAAAUGCUAACGUCUGGCGAGCUCAUCGGGUCCAUGGAGCCAACAGUCUUGGAGAAUACGCAAAUUUGCGUCUACACGCAUAGGAAAAAUGAAGCAAAUAAUACAACAACAAUUGUACCAGAGCAUUAUAACAAUAGCACCACCACCAACAACAAUAUAGCCACACAGCCACAGCGGCAUAUCAAGCGACGACGUCAAUGCGUCGCAGCUGGCAGAGAACGAACCAUGGCACAGCAUGUCGGCGGUCGCUGUAACAGCAGCAUUAGCGCAAUUAGUCGUCAACUGAAAGUCGCAACGUCGCCCAACAGACUUCAUCAUCAGCAUCAACACUGCCGCAAACAAGACUUGUAAAAACCAACAAGCAAACAACAAAAUCAAAAACCAACAAAAAAUCAUGAUGCUUGAUGGCGGCGAGAAUUGUGCGCGUUAACUGUUGCUGGCUGUAAACGCUCACUAAUAAAUAAAUAUUCAAAUGCUUGUCUCGGUGAUGGUGAAAAAAAAAAUGUAAUAAGUUCACACAAUUUACGUGAAAGCAUAAGUAUCAAAAUUAUUAAAAAAAAAAACAAUAAGAAAAUGUGAUAAUAUACUUGAAUUUUGUCAAAAGCAAAUGAUAGAGCAGCAAAUGUUAGAGCAGUAGUGUGGUUCGCUUGCUAUACGCUUAAGUUUGCGACGCUAAAAACGGUAAAUGGAUUAGUUGAGAGUUUUCAAUUGCUGAAUGCAUGAACAUUUUUAGUAGAUAUAUAAUAUAAUUUUAACUCAAACUGUGCGCUCACCGAAUUUAGCGUUGCUAAUUUUGUGUAAGAAAUUUUCAAAAUUACAAGCGCAUACACUUUUGCAGCAGUCGGUGUAUGAAGCAUAUACGUUACGUUGGCUUGAAGACGGUUAGAGCAAAAAAAAAAAAAACGAAAAA